AUGUACCAAUGUGGAAAAAGUAGACAGGUAUCAAUGGAAAUGGAUAGAUAUCAAUUGGAUAUCUUGGGAAUAUCAGAACUUAGAUGGACAGGUUUUGGCAAGAUUAAAACUGGAAGUGAACAAAUCAUUUUGUACUCAGGAGCUGAAGAAAAGCACGAAAGAGGCGUGGCGCUAAUCAUUAAUAAAGAAACAGCGAGGAGUCUUUUGGAAUGGGAACCAAUCAGUGAAAGAAUUUUAAGAGCACGAUUUUAUUCAAAAUAUAUUAAACUAUCAAUUAUUCAAGUGUAUGCACCAACGAAUGAUGCUGAUGAGGAGGAAAAGGAGACAUUUUAUGAUCAACUACAAUGUGCUUUAAAUCGAGUUCCAAAACAUGACAUGAUAAUUCUUAUGGGAGACCUUAAUGCUAAGGUUGGAAAACGGAUUAGUGAUGAUGAAACCUCCAUGGGAAACGAAUCACCGGGCGAGAGGAACGAAAAUGGAGAACUGUUUGUUUCCCUGUGCGAACUAAAUAGUUUGAACAUAGGUGGGAGUAGAUUCAAGCAUAGAGAGAUACAUAAAUGUACAUGGACCUCACCAGAAUCAAAUAGAUCAUAUUGCAAUUAA